GAUGCCGAACUGGGGGGGAGGCAAGAAGUGUGGUGUCUGCCAGAAGGCAGUGUACUUCGCCGAGGAGGUGCAGUGUGAGGGCAGCAGCUUCCACAAGUCCUGCUUCUUGUGCAUGGUCUGUAAGAAGAACUUGGACAGCACGACUGUUGCUGUGCAUGGAGAGGAGAUCUACUGCAAGUCCUGCUAUGGCAAGAAGUACGGCCCCAAGGGCUACGGAUACGGGCAGGGAGCAGGAACCCUGAGCACUGACAAGGGCGAGUCUCUGGGAAUCAAAUAUGAAGAGGGCCAGCCCCACCGGCCCACCAACCCCAAUGCAUCCAGAAUGGCCCAGAAGGUGGGAGGUGCUGACGGGUGCCCUCGCUGCGGCCAGGCCGUGUAUGCAGCCGAGAAGGUGAUUGGAGCUGGGAAGUCCUGGCACAAGUCCUGCUUCCGCUGUGCCAAAUGUGGCAAAAGCCUGGAGUCCACCACCCUGGCAGACAAAGAUGGGGAGAUCUACUGCAAAGGUGAGUGCCACUUUCCCUGCUGGACUCUGAAGAGUGGGGGCAGGGAGUGA